AUGCCUGAAAGGACCUGGCUGAGCAAGCCGCUGCAGGACAGAGGUGUUCAUCAACCCCAACUCGUCGUCUUCUACAUCCACCAUAUCUUGACAUUCACUCCCAGUAAGAAGAAGACGAGUUUACAGCGUGAUCAUUUGAAUUUCAACGCGGUUAUCUUCCAGGAAGAAAUUGCUGGGCUAGUUUGGCAAAAGCUGAAUCUGCGAAAUAUUAGCCGCGCUUUGAAACAAAAGCACGGUGUCAACGUUUCGGCAAUUACAAUUCAGCGCCGUGUAUAA